AUGACCAACUCCAACUCGGCCGACCCGUACCGACUCAAUCGCGAUGUCGCGGCUUCGACGCGCCUCAGCCUCCAGCAUUACAUCUGGAAGGAAAACAUGGGAUAUGUUCUUCACCCAUCCAUAGACGUCUCCCAGCCGAACCUUUCUAUUGCCGAUGUAGGCACAGGCACCGGCAUCUGGCUCCUCGACCUCCACCGUCAACUCCCCAAUGCGCACCUCCACGGCUUCGACAUCUCAAGCGAGCAGUAUCCCGCCCCCGGAUUUCUCCCCUCGAACGUAUCCCUUAGCAAGCUGGAUAUCCUGGCAGAUAUCCCAGAGGAAUAUAAAGAAAAGUUCGAUAUCGUGCAUGCGCGACUGCUCGUGCAAGUGGUGAACCAAGCCGGUAGUAAUCCGGUACCUGUGAUCCAGAAUCUUCUCAAGCUUCUUAAACCCGGCGGAUAUUUGCAAUGGGAGGAACCCAACGAUGAUGCUAGCAAGCGUCCGCUUGUGAAAGCCGACCCGUCCAACCCAUCCGAGAAUGCGGAAAAGCUCUUGCACGGACUGGAUGCGAGGUUUCGUGCUAAGACGCCUGCGUCAUGGUCUGUCGCGCUCGCAGAGACUUUCAAAGAACAAGGCCUGCAGAACGUCCUCCGCGAUGAAUUCACCACUGAGGACAGCUACUUACUUCUCCUGGACCAGACGAACUAUCUGGGCCUGUUCGGGGAACUGAUCAGCAAGCUGCAAGGAGAUCUGCGGGAUGAGCUCAGUCGGCUGCAUGCUAAUACAGUGGUUGAGGCGCGAAAUGGCCUUUCGUGGCAGGUGCGCCGGUUUGUGUUCUUGGGGCAGAAGCCAUGA